AUGCUGGGAGAGAGCCCGGCCGCCGCCCGGCCGCUGCUGCGAGCGGGACCACCCCUGGCGCUGUGCUACACCUCAGCCCUCCUGGUGCUCGCCCUCUCCGCGCUGCCCGCCGGCCGCGCCUCCCACCCCCUGCCCGGCUCGGAGUGCCAGGGCAGCGGCAAGGGGAAAGGCAUCAACUGCUCAGAGUUAAAUGUAAGGGAAUCCGAUGUGAGAGCCUGUGAUGAAUCGUCAUGUAAAUACGGAGGAGUAUGCAAGGAAGAGGGCGAUGGCUUGAAAUGUGCGUGUCAGUUCCAGUGUCACACAAACUAUAUUCCUGUUUGUGGAUCAAAUGGAGACACUUACCAAAAUGAAUGCUUUCUCAGGAGAGCUGCUUGCAAGCAUCAAAAAGAGAUAACAGUGGUGUCAAGAGGACCUUGUUAUUCUGAUAAUGGCUCUGGAUCAGGAGAAGGAGAAUAUGAAGGAUCUGGAACAGAAGUUCAGAGAAAACACUCCAAAUGUGGGGUUUGCAAAUACAGGGCUGAGUGUGAUGAAGAUGCAGAAAAUGUUGGGUGUGUAUGUAAUAUAGACUGCAGUGGAUACAGUUUUAACCCCGUGUGUGCUUCGGAUGGAAGUUCCUAUAACAAUCCGUGCUUUGUUAGAGAAGCAUCAUGUCUGAGACAAGAGCAGAUCGACAUCAGGCACCUCGGACACUGCUCAGAUACAGAGGAUACAAAUGCCGUUGGAAAGAAAGAUGAUGGCAUGCAGUAUCGGCCCGAGGUGAAAGAUGCCAGUGAUCAAAGAGAAGACAUUUACAUUGGAAACCACAUACCUUGUUCAGAAAGCUUCAACGGCUACUGUAUACACGGAAAAUGUGAAUUCAUUUAUUCCACUCAGAAGGCUUCCUGCCGGUGUGAAUCAGGAUAUACUGGACAGCACUGUGAAAAGACAGACUUUAGUAUUCUUUAUGUUGUUCCAAGUAGACAAAAGCUUACGCAUGUCCUUAUUGCAGCAAUAAUUGGAGCUGUACAGAUUGCCAUUAUAGUUGCAAUUGUCAUGUGCAUAACAAGAAAAUGCCCCAAAAACAAUAGAGGACGUCGGCAGAAGCAAAACCUAGGCCAUUUUACUUCAGAUACAUCAUCCAGAAUGGUUUAACUUAGUGAUUUUUAUACCCACAUUGGCCAUGUGAUGUACAUUUUUAUUAUACCUUUUUUUAAAGAAUGGAAAUAUUUAUUUCAGAGGCCUUAUUUUUGAACAUUUUUAGUGUAACAAUGUUGGUCUGUAUUCUGAAAGCAUCAGCUCUAACAGCUAUGGACUGUUUUAGUAUCUUUACUUUUAUGUUUUUGAAUACAGUAGUUCAUUUUCUGUAUCUGUAUCACAUGGUUAUAUAAUAGAAUUGUGCUCUAUCCAUGGAAUGUAAUAUUUUGGGGAACACAGAUUUAUUCCGCCCAUGGUUGUAGAUUAAACAAACAAGCAAAAAAACAACCCCAAAACAACAACAAACCCCCCCCAAAAUGACAAACAAACAAAACCAACAACAACAAAAAAAGUCCACAUUUACCUAUCAAACAAGGCAUGAAGGUAAAAAUGUUUACAGCUUACUUUUCUUAUGAGAAACUAGAAAACACUGUGUUUAAAUACCGUAGCUAUUUAAAUGUUUUUGGAGGUUAGUACCUGAUUUUUUAGACACUGCCUAUCGCAUGAACUGUGGAGCUGUGUGCUGUGUGUAGUUGUAACAUAUUUAUAAACCCUGUGGGCUGGGUCUAAGCACUGCCAUCUUCAUAAAUAAUUCCAACUAUUUAUUUUUAAAGGGGGGGAAAAUGAUAAAUUUGAUAAUUUGGGAAGUUUCCUGGUAGAAGAGAUGGCGUGAGUCCAAAAGAAGUAGGUCCUCAGUAGAUUUAGGCAUUGUAAGAAUUGGUGGUCAGCAAUCAAACACAAAAUAAUUGGAAUAAAGCCUACUUUGUCACUGUUAAA